UUUUGGCGAUGCCUGGCAAGUCGGACGACGAGGAGCUCAGCGGGAGCGAGGAAGAGGAAGAAGUCUCGGGCAGCGAGUCGGGCAGCGACGAGGAAGACUCGGACGAAGACGACGACGAGCAAGAGUCCAAGAAGGAGGCCAAGCCCAAGGCCAAGCCCAAGGACGCAAGUGGCGGCAAGGAGCGGGCGCUGCAGAACCAGCCCUUUGACGCCGCCCUCGAUGUGAGCGACAGCGAGAGCGUCAACGACCCCAAUUCGCCCAAGAAGGGCAAGGAUGUCAAGCAGCUCAAGAACCAGCCAUUCGACGAAGCUUUAGACCUCUCGGGCAGCCACGACAUUGAAAGCAGUAUGCCCAAGGACCCGCCCAAGAAGGAAGCGGCCGAUCGACGAGACGACAAGGCGUCCGAGCGCCCAGCACCGAAAGAGCGCAAGGAGCCGCCAACCAAAGCGGCAGCCAAAGCACCCGCAGCAGCCAACAGCGAUGGCGGCGAAGUCAAGAACAAGCCAUUCGACGAGCAAAUCGACUUGAGCGACUCGGAGGCGAGCGUCGACACGUCCGGCGCGCCGUCGCCCGAGAAACCCAAGCUGGAGAAGCGACUGUCGAUGAACCAGCCGCUCCAAACGAUGCCCAAGUCGGCCACGGACAAGGUCGCGGCGGCCGAGGAGAAAGUGGCCAACGAAGCGCCCAAGCCCACUGCGACCAAGACGCCGCACUCGUCCAAGAACGAUCUCAAAAAGAAAGCCGACGAGAGCUCGUCGGAAGGGUCCGGCUCGGACGAAGAAGAAGACGAAGACGAAGAGGAGGAGGAGGAGGAAGAAGAAGAGCACGCGGCCGCGUCGGAAUCGGCCACCGCACCGUCGGCAGCGUCCAUCAACGUGCCGGGUGCAUACAAGGAGAGCGACUUUGCCCACCUCAAGGUGACGCAGGACAUCAAGGAGCUCUUCCAGUACAUUGGGCGGUUCAAAGCCCAAGAAAUCGAGCUCGAGACGCGCCUCAAGUGCUUCGUGCCCGAGUACAUCCCCGCGAUCGGCGAGAUGGACACGUUCCUCAAGAUUCCGCGCCCCGACAAAGAGGCCGACAACCUCGGGCUCAAGGUCCUCGACGAGCCGAGCAUUGCGCAGAGCGACGCCACGGUCCUGGACCUGCAGCUGCGCGCGACGUCCAAGAAGAAGCACGGCGACAUUGUCGUCCGAAGCAUCGAGAAUGCCGAGAAGAACGUCAAGGAGAUCGACCGGUGGAUCAAAAGCAUCGGCGACCUCCACCGCACCAAGCCGCCCCCGCAAGUGCACUACUCCAAAAGCAUGCCGGACAUUGAGACGCUCAUGCAGGUGUGGCCCGACGAGUUCGAAGAGCUCUUGUCCACGAUGCAGCUCCCGAACGCCGACCUCAACGUCUCGUUGGAGCAGUUCACGCGCAUCAUUUGCGCCAUUCUGGACGUUCCGGUCUACAAGAAUGUGUACGAGUCGCUCCACGUGCUCUUUACGCUCUUCCUCGAAUUCCGGAGCAACCAGCAUUUUAUGAACUACGAAAAUGACGCGCCGCUGUCCAACGGUCUCGCGACGACCCGUCUCGAUAUGGGCAUGCCCGCGUUGCUUGCCUCGGACCGCAAAUGAUAAGACUUGUGAUGUACACAGCGUCGAUACUCUUUGUCUAAACACACGCAACAACAACAACAAGCA